CCUGCCGCUGGGCAAGACGGCGCCACAGCCCUACCAUCCUUUGCGGCAGGAGCGCCCUUAGUAAACAUGGUGCCGGCACCGCCUACCCCGUCACGAGGUCUUGGCGUCAGCCCUGAAUCCCCAUGGCCGCCGCCAGCGCCGUGUGGCUCGGGGACCCGGGGGAGUGGGCUCUGUGCCCCUACGACGUCCAUCACCGCGUCCCCCGGGCGUCGCUGGAGAGGCACGCCGCGUCCUGCCGGCUCCGCAAGAUGGGCUACUCCGCCGAGGAGGAGGCUCAGAUGUACGACUCCAGCUUUUUCUAUGAAAACCUGAAGGUUCCUACCGUCGCCAUGGAUAAAGAUUUACAGUUUCACAUUGUUAAGCAAGCUAGAGCUCAAAGUGCAAAAGAAGGUACAGGCUACAGUGAAGGAUCUUACUCAUUACUUCCUGUAGAAGUUCCUCAAAAUCACAAGCGUUUCACUUGUGACCUGACUCAAGCUGAUCGCCUUGCUCUUUAUGAUUAUGUUGUUGAGGAAACGAAGAAACAGAGGUCUAGAUCCCAAAUCACAGAAAAUGACAGUGAUCUCUUUGUGGAUUUAGCAGCAAAAAUCACACAAGAUGAUAGUCAGAAAGCUCCAAAGUCCCAUCUUGAAAUUCUGGCAGAAAUGCGAGACUACAAAAGGCGGCGACAGUCAUAUAGAGCUAAGAAUGUUCAUAUAACAAAGAAGUCCUACACUGAGGUGAUUCGGGAUGUGAUUGGUGUGCAUAUGGAAGAACUCAGCAAUCACUGGCAGGAGGAGAAUAGGUUGGAUAAUGCAGAGAUAAGUGAUGGAGGGAAGUCAAAAUCUUCAGGAAGAAGGGAAGACGGGCGGUCUGCUUCAGUGGACUCACGGCAGUCUGGCGGAAGCUCUAAGGAUACUGAACGCACCAGACAUAGGAGAGAGACUAGCAGGAGUCCAAAUAAACGAAAAAGGAGUCGUGAAAGAGGCAAAGACAGAGAUUCUCGGAGAAAAAGAGAGAGAGAUGAAGACAAAUAUCACAGCCAUAAACGAAGAAAGUAGAAGCAAGAACUUAAUUAUUUUGUUUGUCAGCCAUUCAAAAGAAUUAUUUGCCCCAGGAACUAUCGUUACUGCUGUUGUGCCAGGGACAGCCGUGCUCUGUACAUAAUAUUGUUGCAUUGUACAUAAUGUGUUACAUCACAGCUGUGCCUGGAGACAAAAAUGAGAGAGGGUUAAGUUUGUCAGGAUGGAAGUAUUAUAUGUCAGAAAGUCUGUAAAAUGAAUGCAUCUAUUAAUAACUUACAUUGGUCUCAUCUAUUUGAGUUUAGUCUGACAAGGCUGAAGAAUACAGUCUGUGAGAGGCUAUUACUAAUUUACCUUCCUGGCCCAUAGUUAGUGAAUAUAGAACACAGCUAAUUCCUGGAGUCUAGGAUCAGUUACAAGUGAAAAGGCAUGGAGACCGUUCCUGUCCUACCCUCCCACUUGACAUUGUCACCUCUGGGAGCAGUGUUCCAGAAAAGAUAGCGCUUACUGUCUAGUUACAGCAUGUACCUGAGGUGACAGGGCAGAGUUCUCCAACAGGCUCAAAGGCAGCUAGUGGUAAAAAAACCAGUAAUGGUGAAGUUACUGUUCCAAAGCUCACGCUCAAAGAAAUUUAGAAGUUAUGUCAUCUGGCAAAGACAAUGAGGAUAUUGUCUCCACAGGAACUAGUGGGGAGGUAGCAAGGACGUUUGUAAUAUUGCUGAUUGCCAUUUUCUAACACCAGGUGCAUACCCAUUUCCUUCCAGAAAUAGCUGGCAGGAGCUCCUAUCCUCUGGACUAACACGUAAGUACUAGUCAUAGAGGCUGAUAAAACAGUAAGACUUAAGAUGUGGAGGUAGAUAGUAAGGGUGUGCAGGAAGACUCCACUUCUGUGAUAUUUUUAUUAUAUCAGUAUUUAGUCUUGCUAAUUCCUCACACAGUCUGCUUCAGCACAGUCUGUCAUCAUCAGCCAUGCUUGUUACUUCAAUGAAGAAAGCAACGGUGAAAGAACAAGCUUGCACAUCUCUCUUCCCCUACAGCACUUUAUUCUGCUUGAUCGAGUUGCCAGGAGAGGGCACUCCAUCUGGUCCUGUUUUUGGCCUCUGUCACUGGAAUCUCUCCAGUUCUACUGUAACGACUAGUAUCCUAUCUCAGUCGUUUCUGCAGUUCAGUGUGAUUACCUGUCACCAAAUACUUAGUCUAGUUCCAACUGAUAUAAUUUCUGGACCUACUACAGCUCUUCAAAUCAAAACCACACAGAACCCUGUGUCAGGCAUUCCUCACCUAUGUGACAAAUGCAGUAUCUUUUCCUGUCAGAAAACAAGACCCAUUUUAAAACAGAUCCUCAACUAGAACAGUCUGUCUAAGAAUAGAAAAGGAUAUCCAACUCCUAAUUAGAGGAAAAAUAAUCUGGAACAUUUCCAUCCUUUCUCAAAUUGAUGUUUCUUCCACCAGCUCAGCCACAGGGUUCUUUGUAUUGAAUAAGGCGUGGGAAAACUACUCGUUUAAUAGAGCUUGUUCACACAGACAAGGUAGUCAAAAGAAAAGCUGUAUUUGCACAAGAGUCAAAGUCAGUGCUAUCUAGAAACAUAAUGGGAAAUGCACCAGUUACAGCUGUCCAGUCUUCUCUAAAUUGAAUUUUACAGUUUACUUAUUUUCUUACAAUCACGAAGUAGGAAGAUCCAUAACAAAAUACAUUUUACUCAAUAUAAACAAAUGAGUGAAGUUAUCACGCCCUAGGUGGGAGCAUCAGUAUUUGAGAGGCCGGAGAACAGUACAACCAUGUAUUCAACUAACAUCCACUGAAAGGCUAUUUCAAGAGUGGAAUAAAGAAAAAAAAGUGUCAGAGAAGAGGAUCAUCUUGUAUUGCAAUGUGCAAAUAACAGUCCUUUGAACACAAAUUAUUUCCUUGAACACUUGCACGUAUUUAUUCCUUUUUAUUUUUUCCUCAUCUGGUGCUGAAGAGUAGGUUUGUUCAAAGCGGUUCUCAUGGCUGGGUCAGGAAGUUUCUGAGCAGCACCAUGCCACUUUGUUGGUCACUGGAAAGGAAUAAACCAGAUGUUUUAGAACAACACUUCAACAUGGUAAAUCAUAGUGUGUUGGGCAAGAUAUAAUUGAGGGUUAUAUUAAUAGCAAGCAAGAGCACUAUUAUUAUUAAAAAGUAUUUCUUAUUAAAAA